UCUACCAAAAAAGAGACAGGAUGGAGAACUUCAGACACCCUUUGGAGACAGUGCAACUAAUUUCCAUCUACAGUUACCUGAACAUACUGAACGAUAUUCUUUUUGCCGACAAUUAUCUGAGCCGGCAGGAUCAACAUAAACAAAUUCCGAUAGUAAAUUCCCUUUAUCAUUAUCUACAGGACGAUGUGAAUAAUGAUACCAACACUCGAAAAACCGAAUUAGUUCGUAGGAUCCUAAACGGAAGUGAUCUUUACGGAAGUAAGGGAACCGAAAAGCCGGAUUUGCAGUUCGUCGACACUCUACUGAAUUACAUCGUUAAAUCCCUGGUUUUUCAAAAAUACAGCAACAUCUAUGGCUUUAUAGCCGAAACGGUUCGUAGGUCCCCGAACGAAUCACUCCUUUCACUGACCACCAACCUAAAGACUUCCCUCCUGCAAAUGGAAUUCGAAAACGAAAUCAACGACCCCUCGAAACUUGACAAAUCCACAGUCGACUCAAUUUUUGACGAUUUUAUCCAACCACUUUUCCCCUUGGUCAAAAAUGACACCAGUAUCAUAUCAGUCGACUUCAUCUACUCCCAAGCCGGACGAUCAUUUCUAGCGGAGCCGAAAAUUACGAACAAGCCGAAAGACGAAAAUUCGAACAUCGAUGAGAACCUAGAACAAGAAUACAUCCAAUUAGCUCACGCUGUGGAACAACUCGUAAUCGGCAAUCAACUGAACAAGACUGCUUUGAAAAUCUUCUCCCUCCCAGCCCUGAUUUACUACGUUCAUAAACAGAAAAACAAACUUGAAUUUCCCGACAUCGUUAACAUUGUGACCAAGACCGAAUUUUGGGGCGAAAUUUACGAGAAUCUGUUUUCCUAUCUGAACCAAACAUUCCUAGAGACGGAGAAAUUGAAAAACGACGCGAGUUAUCAAUUUUAUGUCUCGAUGUCGAAUUAUCGGAAUAGAACAACAUUAGCUAGGGAAAUACUCGAGAGCAACUGUUCUCCGUUAACAGAAAACGAAAUGGGGGCUAAAGUCAAAGAAUACAAGAACAAACCCGAAAAAUCCACUUGUCCAAAUGGGGUUCAGGUUCUUGACAACCUGAACGAACGUUACCUGGAGAUCGUCAACAAUAUAACAACCAAGUAUUACAACUACGAACUAGAAGCAUGUCGAGAGGUGUUUGGAAACACUUUUCAAAAUCCCGUCAUCAUCAGCAGAGGUCUUUUUAAAAAGUACUUCUACGUCACGAUUGGUUUCAACGAAUCCCACACCGAGCUAAUAAAACCCACGGACGAUUUCUUCGAAUUCUACUAUCCGGAUAAUAGAACCUUCGUCUACUAUGCACUGCUACGAAAAGGCUAUCGGCUAACCCUCCUGGAAGUCACCGAAAGACCAAAUUUACUGCGCAGAAAAUUGAUCGGUAGACUCGGACGCUUGCGAAAUAGCAUUUUCUCCGUGCUGAUGAAAUCUACAAACGAAACGUUCGACACUUUUGUGAAAAAAUUAGCAGAGACUAGAUCGAACCUUUUUCGGGAGACCCUCCGAUUGUCCGGUUACGAUAAAACCAGGUUGGAAAUGUGGAAGGACUUCGGACUGUCAUUGAUACCGUUCUACACUUGUGUUAACAGUGUCAAGGAGGGCAGGAAACUUUCGGCCAGCAUUGCAUGUCCGAUUGAUACCCUACUUUUGAUUCCGGUCGUGGGUACCGCUAUGAACGUCGGGGGUAAAAUGGUAUCAAGUGUCAGCAGAUCCUUGAUAAGUCUGUCACAGACGACAUUUAGUACUCUGGCGCUAAGGACGACCAUGCGAUCGACCCUGAAAGUUAGCGGAAGUCUUUUGGCGAAACAAGUGACGGAAUUCAUCGCCCUCUUUGAAUUGAAGACUUUCCAGAGUCUGGGUCUCUCGGUAACUCGACUUUUGGAUCCGGGAUUCGAAUUCGUGUACCUAAUCGGAAAGGGCGGUUUUCGUUCGGUUGAAAAUUUCAUCCGACUGUUGGAAAAAAGAACUUCGAAUUCGUUCGACAGGGUAAUGGAGCUUCUGAAGUAUUCCCAAAAUGGUUUUGGUAAAAAACAAGUCGGCGUUUGGUCCGGAAGGGAAGUGUUCGUGAAUACCUUCGCUGAUGGUCAGCAACUGGGUCUGGAACUGGGUCAGGAACUGGGUCAAGAACUGGGUCAGGAACUAUCCGGCCAGGGUUACAAAUACAUUCAGUUAUCGAACGGCAACUCGGCAGAUUUGAGAAAGCUUUCCGAAUUUGGUCCCGAAGUUCCGGUUGUAUUCAAAGGAGCACAAAAUGAUCAGAAACAGUAUCGAAGGAUCAAUCCUGCUGGUGAAGAAUUCGGGGAGGAAAUUAUCAUCCAAGACGAGUGGUUGGAACGGAAGGGAACGGUUUUGGAAGACUGGCAAAUAGAUACGGUGGAUGGUAACCUGGAGAAAGUGGGCAAAGUUUUUCGGAAUUUGGUGGGGAACCAAGAGAUCCUAAAAACUGCCGUCGACUACGCUGUCAAGAGGCUACCAGAGGGGGACGUUAUCAAAGAACUCAAAAAGUACGCCUUCCCGUCUGAAAACGGAAAAACAGAACUGAAUUUCGUUCAUGAAUGGCUUGACCAUCCGGAACUUCGAACCCCCACUUGGGCCGAAAAAUACAAAAUUCCCGACCCCGACACAUUCUUUAGGUUAAAAUACAAAGAAAUGCUAGACACCCCGGACCUGACGAUGAAAGACGCGACGGAAAGAAUAAAAAAUCUGUAUUCCGUCAACAAUUACCGAAAGUUGUACCAGGAGUUACCGAUUGACAAAAUUCUCCACGACUUCAAGACGAAGGGAGCCUAUAAGCAAGUUUCCUUCGAGGACUACUUCGCACUGCGGAAUUACGGUUCGAGUGGCUACCGAAAAAUGGCGGACGACUGUCCGGAGGCGAGGCGGAUGAAAAAUGCAAUCUACCGCCUAGCGAUUAGACAAUCAGAGGAGCCGGGUGAAGUAUUAGCCGAACGACUCUAUCGUGGCGAGGGACGAAUUCCCGAAGCUAUCGAAAAGGAACUAUCGGAUGUUGGGGGUAAUUUCGAGUUAACUAGAUUUACCUCGACGACAAGUGAUCCUAGUACUGCGGUUCGAUACUCAAAGACUGGACCAUCAGGUAGUACGCAAGUCUUCUAUGAUAUGAAAUUCGAGGAACCGAUUUUGAGAGCUAGGGUCGAGGAUCUGUUCGUACUGAACGAGAAGGAGACAAUUCUGCUCCCGGGUACAAAGUUCCAUAUUGAUAAUGUCAAAAAAUGGUCCGAGGAAACUGAAUCUGGUGUUAAGCAGAAUUUCAUUAAAGUUGACAUGACAUGUGUGGAGGGGAACUUGCCGAAAAUUGAACGUCAACGGAAACUUAUGGAGGAAAUUCGAAAACUUUCAAAAACCGACACGAUGUUUUCUGCUGAGAACUAAUAUCGAUUAUCGUUCCUUUCCUAGGAAGGGAAAUGUUAGAUGAACCAAUAGGACGCUGCAGCAAGUUGCGUUACAUCUUCUAAUAAUGCUGCAACAAAUAGUAAUAUGUCUCCUAAAAAUGCUUCAUCAGACGAUGCUCCUAAAUCUCCUAAUAAUUCUGCAGCAAGUUGGGGAACAUCUCCUAAAGAUGCUAACAUCUCCUAAUAAUUCUGGAUCAAGUUGUCGAUCAUCUCCUAUAAUUCUGAGUCAAUUUGUCCUACAUCUCCUAAGAAUUCAUCAUCGGCGGUUUUCGGCACUCACCCAGGAUUAACCCCGAGUUAACAAUUAUCCAAUUAUCAACAACAUUCUGUUUGAUCUAACCAAUCACCGUUAACCCGAGGCGAGUGCCGAAAACGGCCAUCAAGUACACUGAGAGAAUCAAGGGACCUCAAACUCCGCAAAAAAGUAUUAAAUGCGGUUCUCAUGUGAACCCACCGUUAGGAAACAUAAAUAUUUGUCAAAAUUGUUCUUUUCUUUGCAUAUAAAUAAAUAUAUUUAGCGAAA